CGCACCUCGGCGAAACACUAUGGAACAGCCAGAAGCUGGUCCUUCUCGACUAAUCGCGGGCCCCUCUUCCACGCCUGGCCCGGCCGCUGCUCAGCUACUCCCAACCGCGGCCCCGGAGCGGCCUCUUCCAACCGCGCACUUUUACUCCGUCGAGUACCCGGGCUACGUCCGUCCGACAUCCGUCCCGCUCGCGGUAGAACGUCUGGGCGGCGAGCGCACUAUUGAGAGCGCGUUCCGCCGCGCGAGCGGGCGCGACAAAGUUGAGUCCCUCCUCGAGCUUCGGCUCCGUCCGGGCAACCCGUACGCGCACCCGAUCCCAGGGGAGAUCGUGCCCACAAGCAAUAUUGUGCUGAAGGUCGUCAAGCGGCGGCGAAAGCGCAAGGAUGGAGAAGCCGCGCCUGAGGAGGGCGCGGUGGGUGAGUAUACGGUCGAGGCCGUCGGUGUGGUACCUAAGACGGCGCGGUUUCGCAGCAUGGCGGACUUUCAGUAUCAGCCUGACAUGUCUGACCCACUCGCGCACCUCCGGAAAGCGAUGGAUACAAUGGACGUGGAUGGCAUUCUGCAAUAUCAUAUCGGACCUGAGAAGGAGGACUAUACUGUUGUAGAAGUGGAUCCUGCUGCCAUGGACAUCGACCCGCAGCUUUUGGGAGAAGGGGAAAGCGCACCAUCCAGUGGACCCGCGAAGACUAGGAGUAAUCUCCGACUGUUUACCCCACCGCUUUUCAGUCGACAGGGUGUGCCCCAGAAUUAUAAUUAUAAAGCCAAUACGGCUUCCGUCGAGACCAUCGUCGUAGACGAGGAGACCGGCGAGGAGAAAAAGCGGUUGAUCAACCGUAUGCGUUGGAAAGGCUUCGGCCCUAUCGCUAUAUCCUACGCGGAUAAAACGGUGCCAGACAAGCCCUCCGCCGCUGUUGCGGAGCAACGUGGACAAGCGGACAAGAAGAUUCUCACAAGGCUGGAUGAACUUUUUCAGGAGCGUCCAGUAUGGACACGCGCCGCGAUCUUCAACCAGUUCACACCUAUGGAAGUGCGAGACAUCAUCAACUCGAAGUACUUGCUUCCACUAGUCUCAUACGUCUUCGAAGACGGCCCCUGGCGGGAUACAUAUGUCCGUCUAGGCUACGAUCCCCGCAAAGACCCAGAGGCACGGUUCUACCAACGCCUCUACUUCCGCAACAUCAACCACCCCAUCUCGCGCCCCUCCGUCGUCUCCCGUCGGCAGGAACAGCGGAACGAGUUCGCCCAGGCGCGUUUCUCCGGCGUCGACGACCGCCGCUCGCACAUCUUCGACGGCGAGACGGUGACGUCCGAGACGGCCGCCUUCCAGUUGUGCGACAUCACGGACGCGAUGCUGAAGGAGAUGAUCGAGGACGAGGACGCGCUGCGCGAGACGUGCAGCGAGCGCGACGGGUGGUACACCACGCACGCGCUCGAGCGCAUCAAGGCCGUCCUCCGCCACAAGUUCUUCUCGCUGCUCUUGGGGCACAUCGCGACGCGCGAGGAGUGCGAGAGGCUGCUCGUCCCGGAUGAGGGCACGGAGAAGCUCCCGCAGAGACAUCGGCAUAGACUCAAGUUCGGGAAGCAUAACAUGGCGAAGGGCGCGCUACCUCCCGAAGAUGCUGCGGCGCAUCGACUAAUGACGACGCUCGAGCAGCAGAGGAAGACGUUCCCAACGCGGGGUCAGGCUAGCUCAUAGUCGAUGGGCUGCGAGGACAUCUCGAUGUCGUCUAUUCGCGUAUAAUAACCAAUAACCGCCCGAAUGAGUUGCUGCGUGUUCAUACUU